AUUCGUGUUGUUGUAUACACAGUGGUGGUGAGUAGCUGAAGCUGUGCCUUAAACCCUAAAUCUCCACUGUCCCAAAAUCCGAUCUAAACCCUAUACGCCAUUGAUUCUCAUGCAUUAUGCAGCUCUUACGAGGUAAUGCUUCGAAGCUUAUCUUCUCCAAAAUCUGGAACUCUCUUUCUCAUUCCGCUCAAUCCCCAAUUUCGACGACAACCAAAGCAGCAUCAUCAUCAUCACAUUUCAACUUAUCGAAAGAGCUUCGAUGGUUUAGCUCCAGCAUUAAUGGCGACGACGAAGGUGAAGUGACGAACCAAACCCAAGGCGAAAGGGCUCCACAGAACUCGUGGGAGCCCAAACCCAACAGACCCAUGCGAGGGCGAGCUCCGUUCAAUGCCCAGAGUCCUAAACCACGUGGCAGAAACUCGGAGAAAAGGGAAAACCCUUUAGAAGACAACAGUUUUCUUGAAAGAUUUAAGCUUGGAGCUAAUGAUACUGAGAACGACAAAAGGGAACAGCCUCGGCAAGACGUGUCCAGACCACCGCCUCCGGUGCCUGAGGAUGCAGAUGAGAUAUUUAAGAAGAUGAAGGAGACGGGUCUGAUUCCCAAUGCGGUAGCCAUGCUGGACGGGCUUUGCAAAGAUGGUCUUGUUCAGGAAGCAAUGAAACUUUUUGGUGUGAUGCGGGAGAAAGGUACUAUUCCUGAAGUUGUUAUAUAUACUGCUGUGGUUGAUGGGUUCUGUAAGGCUCAGAAGCUUGAUGAUGCUAUUAGAAUUUUUAGGAAGAUGCAGAGCAAUGGGAUUGAUCCGAAUGCCUUUAGUUACUCUGUAUUGAUACAGGGUUUGUACAAGUGUAAAAGAUUAGAGGAGGGUGUAGAGUUCUGUAUAGAGAUGUUGGAAGCUGGGCACUCGCCGAAUGUUACUACUUUUGUGGGUUUGGUUGAUGGUUUGUGUGAGGAAAAGGGUGUUGAAGAAGCUCACAGCGCUGUUACAAAUUUAAGACAGAAGGGGUUUACGGUGAAUGAUAAAGCUGUAAGAGAAUUUUUGGACAAAAAAGCUCCAUUUUCGUCUUUGGUUUGGGAAGCUAUCUUCGGCAAGAAAACUUCACAGAGAUUAUUCUGAGGUUUCUCUUUUUACCUGCUCUGGUUUAGUCUCUUUGGUUUUUUGCUUUGUGUAGAUGAUGGUUUUUUCAUGGACACUGUCAUGCUAUUCUGAAUUGUUGAUGGCAUUUUGUUUUAUUAAUGUUGCUCCUUGUUACUUAAAGAGUGCUCUUGUAACGCAAACCCUGUUCAGUGGUUUAUGCGUUGCCUUAGAUGAGAACGUGGUGGACCACAAUGAGUGCCUUGGCUCCCUAUAAGAAUAGAAAUAUAGGAUAAUAGGAUUAGCUUUAAGUACAGAAUAAACAUCAACAAAACAUGGAAUGUAACCUAUUUUGAGAAAUGAGGAAUGAUCCGUAGAAUUUCUUUC